GGCGCACGGCGGGGCCAUGGCGGCCGCGGUGGGCCACGGGCUGGGCGAGGGUGGCGGCGGCCGCGGGUUCUUGGGCCCGCGGGUGCCCGCCGAGGUGGAGGCCAUGGCCCGCGCCCUGCAGGACCUGGGCAAGGACACGUUCCGGCGGCUCCUCAAAGUCACCAUUAAUGCACUGGAAGGAAAAGACUGCAAGGAAUCUGUCCAGCUGAUUGCAGAAAGUGCUAAUCUCUCAGAAGAGCAACUUGCUUUCCUCAUUUCUGGCAUGUAUACCCUUCUCCAAGAGGCAUUGAGACUCCCUGUAUCAACCUUCAAACAAGAAGCUUUUAAGGAAGACCUGAAGGAGCUCAGGAUACCAGAAGAUUUCAUUGUGGACUUUUCCAGUGUAGUCUUUGGUAACAGGCGUCCUGCUUCCGAAGGCACAGCUCUGCUACAAAGAAGUAGGCUACCAGGUAUCCAGGACUUCAAGUGGAGAGUGGAUGUAGCAAUAUCCACAAGUUCACUGGCCCGUGCACUUCAGCCAUCCAUUCUGAUGAUGAUGAAGCUUUCAGAUGGGACAGCUCAUCGCUUUGAAGUGCCAGUUGCAAAGUUUCAAGAAUUGAGAUACAAUGUUGCCCUUAUACUGAAGGAAAUGAAUGAUUUGGAGAAGAGGAGCAUACUGAAGAUCCAAGACUGAACACUUUUAAAUUGGGAGUUUAUGGAAGAGACCUGGAACCCUCAGCAUGUUUUGUGAAUAGUCAGAACAGGGGACCAUCACCACUUUGCCUGUAUGAACUUCAAUGUGACAUUUAUGAUGUCUACUGUAAAUAUUUUUUUUCAAUUCAAGUGUUUAAAAGCACAAGCUCUUUUUGUAAAACUUAGGAAAACCAGAAAAUAUAUCUGUGAAAAAACAUAAUGCUGUUUGCGAGCAUUUUGCAUGAUUCAUCAAAACAUUUUUCAAAUAACUGUCUUAAUAGAUGUAAGAGUCAUUUAUUUCUGAUUAUGAUUCAUCACUUUAAUUAUUUUUGAAAGUCUGCUACCGGAAGCCCCAGCAAUGUGUAUGUAUCAUAAGAAAGCUCUGCAAUACUUCAAAUAAAAAAUAAUACAACAAACCCA